AUGAAUUAUUUAGAAAUAGGGAAAAGAGAAGUAUUUUUUAUCUAGCUUUAUAGAUUUCGAGCAGAAAAAUCACUGAAUUUUGUUCCUGACCCUCCUAAUCCUGUAAUUGAAUCUCCACUAUUUGAAAAUGACUAUCCAGCAAAGAUAUUGGAACUUGAAUCAGAAAUCAAGCGCUUGAAUGAAGAAAAUCUACGAUUGAGAGCUCAACUAGCAGAGAAAAACCAGCCAGACUUAAGAAUUGAACUUAAAGACCCUCAAGAAUUUUUAAAAGAAGAAAAAGUAUUCUACGAAAAUGUGAUAAAGGAGCUAUAGGAUUUGCCCUAGGAUGGCGCUAUAUGGCGCCAUCCUAGGGCAAGCGAAAAUUGGCUCCACACGGGAACCGUAUUCCACGUGUGGAGCCAUUUUUCCACGUGUGGAAUCCACAUUUUUCCACGUGUGGAAUCCACAUUUUUCCACGUGUGGAAUCCACAUUUUUCCACGUGUGGAAUCCACAUUUUCCCACGUGUGGAAUCCACAUUUUCCCACGUGGAAAAAUGGCUCCACACGUGGAAACACAAUUCCCGUGUGGAGCCGUGUCUCCAAUUGCCCGAGGAUGGCGCAAUAUAGCGCCAUCCUCGGGCAAUUUCUAUAUCUCGAGAAAUAGUAAAGCUGACUCCUCCUCGAAGAAAAUAG